GCUGAUUGGCCGCGCCGCGCGGGCACCGCGCGCCCCUGCGGGGCCGUGGGCGGAAGUGUGGCGUACGGCGGCCGGGGAGCCUCCCGCGGCGGAGGGACUGGCGCUCCGCGUCCCGCCAUGUAACGCGCCGCCGCCUCCGCGCCGCUGCCCUUCGCUGCUCGCCCGGCGAUGGGGGCCCGCCGCGGGGGCGCCCGGCCAUGAAGGGCGGCGGGGGAGCCGCUCCCAGCACCUGCCCGCCGCGCGCCGACCGCCACCGCGACGCUGGGGCACCGGCGGGGCUCCUGCUAGCUUACUGCUAUGGACAGUGCUAUCACCCUGUGGCAGUUCCUCCUCCAGCUCCUCCAAGAGCCUCAGAACAAGAAUAUCAUCUGUUGGACCUCCAACGACGGGGAGUUCAAACUGCUGCAGGCAGAGGAGGUGGCCAGGCUCUGGGGAAUCCGCAAGAACAAGCCCAGUAUGAACUAUGAUAAACUCAGCCGUGCUCUCAGAUACUAUUACGUGAAGAAUAUCAUUAAAAAAGUGAAUGGUAAGAAGUUUGUGUACAAGUUUGUUUCCUAUCCGGAGAUUUUAAAUAUGGAUCCACUCGUGGUGGGCCGAAUAGAAGGAGAUCCUGAAAUGGCUGGUUUUGCAGAAGUUAGCAGUGCUCCAAAGGACAUGGAAAACUGUGGGAAGGAGAAGUCUCAGUCAUGUGGUAAAUCCUCCAGCCGCAAUGACUAUAUCCACUCAGGCUUGUACUCCUCUUUUACUCUGAACUCCCUGAACUCUUCCAGUGUAAAACUCUUCAGGUCCAUCAAGAUCGAGAAUCCAGCUGAGAAACUGACAGAGAAGAAACCUGCUCAGGAUCUGACACCAUCUGUCAUCAAGUUUGUAACCAUGCCCUCUAAAAAGCCUUCGUCUGUCCCCCUGGUCUCUGCCACUUCAACAGUCUCCGUCACUUCAACUGCUUCUGCCACUUCAGCUGCAUCCUCUCUUCCAGUGGCAUCAGAAGAAACUCUCCAGACCUUGGAGACUCUUGUUUUACCCAAGUUAACUGCCCCCGAAGCUCCAGCACCUUUGCCAAACUUAACCACCAGCUUCACCCCAACUCCACCUGUAUCCUCAGUUUCUCCCACUCUGCAAGUUCCCUCUACACCUCCUUCGCCACCCUUGAGCUCUAAUCCUGACCUGGACAUUGACACGGACAUAGAGUCAGUGACUUCUCAACAGCUAGAGCAGGCUCAGAGCCUUCAGCAUCAAUCCCCAGAGCCCAAAGAGCAGGAUUCAUCUGUGCUGGAGAAGGAAUUUGCCAAUCACCUCUCCAGAUCUAAAAAACCCAAAGGGCUAGAGUUGGCUCCCACUCUGGUCAUUACAGGCAGUGAUCCAAGUCCACUGGGGAUACUGAGCCCUUCUCUCCCAACUGCUUCUCUUACUCCAGCACUUUUCUCUCAGACUCCCAUCUUGCUGACCCCCAGCCCCUUGCUCUCCAGUAUUCACUUCUGGAGUACGCUAAGUCCGGUUGCUCCUCUCAGUCCUGCAAGGUUGCAAGGUGCUAAUACGCUCUUUCAGUUUCCAUCAGUGCUGAACAGUCACGGGCCAUUUACUCUGUCUGGACUGGAUGGACCCUCUACCCCUGGCCCAUUUUCCCCUGAUCUACAGAAGACAUAGCACAUGAACUCAUGGAAAGGACAUAUUGGCGAGCAAGGGAAAGAUAUGACACUUAUAUUUAACCAUGUUUUUUAAAUGAGCAAUUUAUAAUUCCACAGAGAUUAUCAACAGUCAUAGUUUCUGCCAUUCCCAAUUAAAAUGCCUUUUUUUGCAAAAUUCCCUUUUUUGAAGACCCAAAUCGGGAAUGUAUAUGCAAACGCCUUAAUAGGAGCCGAAGCUCCGGUCUCUUCUCUUCCCUCCUUGGUUUGGAAGACUUCACUAUGGGUAAAGGGAGUUUCAGUGUGUGUUGCAGAAGCUGAGUCUGCACUGAUUGCAGUAAACGGUAUCAGAGAAGUCUUUUCUCUUUGACUCUUGGAAACCCUCUGUUCUUCUGCUUCCUGUGCUUGGCAAGAAGAAAUCUAAUCGUGAUUGAAGCUGGCAUUCCAGGAAAUGCUAGGGAAAGGGGGGUGCGCACGCGGCUUUGCCUUGGGGCCUGAUAACUUCUGCAGCAACAAAACAGCUCGCGUCUUAUCUGCUGUAAAAACAUCUUCUCUUUUUGCAGGGAGCAAUUUUCAAGGAAUACUCAAUGACGGUGUUAUUGAGAUACAGACAAUUUUUGAAUGGCAUUGUCUACAAACAGUUCAGCCUCUCUGAGAAGUGGGCUGGUUAGCUUCUGGAUGCUUCCCUGCCCUCCCUUCGGUGAGGAGGCAAGGCCUGGAGACAAAUGAAUGGUGGGGUUAGUUCCUUUCAGUUCUCAGAUUGUUUGAAUGCUAAAGUCCAAACAUUUCUUUUGCCAGAAAUCUGUUAUAAAGCCUGUAAUUUGACUGCUAGAAAAUUAGCAGAAUGAUGGAUUUUACAUGAGGUUUUGAGGGUGCAUCUGUACUUUGUGAGGUUGCUGCCUGAUGCUAGAGCUUCAGACCCAAGCAGUGGGUGAGAACACUAACGUCUGAGCAUUAACGUUACUGCUCUUUUCCCACAGUUGAGACACUUGAAGUGGAAAAGCUCCUUUUCUCCCAGCUCUUAUCUCAAGUUUUGCUUUAAACCUAUUGCUUUUUUUAUUUGAGGAAGAACUGAGACCCAGAAAAAGUUAGGCUUAGUGUGUACAGGUAGUUGAGAGGUGUCACACUAUAUCAACCUUACUGUAAAUUUAUGCUUGCUUAUUUUUCUUGGUGGCUUUGUGUGUAUGGAUUAGUACAAGAUUAGUUUCCAGAGCCAUUUGAAACACUGAUGAAAUUAAAUUUGUAGAUAGAUUUUAGAACCUCAGGAGGCCUUUUAAGAGAACUGAGGAAUGAAAGAAAGAGAUUCUCCUUUCUCAGCCCCUCGGAGACUGGAUGUCUCGGUCUGUUGGCACUGGGCCAUGUGCCCUUCCACUUUGGCCAUCUGCUGUCAGGCAGCAACUUCUGUUUGCUCCUCACAUAUGUACAUUGAGUUGGUGAUGCAAGAUAAUCUUCGGCAUAAAAUGUCCACUAGAAAACAGAGACCAUCUCUUUGCUUUGACAUCCUCGCUGGCUGUCUUAGACUGAAGUUUUAAUGAGCAGAGAAAGAUUGUACCUCUAGAGCAAGAGAAGCUGGUGGUGUCCUUUUACGUAGUACACCUGUCUCAUGGAUCAGUGGUGAACUCAGCUUUCGCCGGUUUUCCCUUCGCCACUUCUGCAGACUCUGAACUCGCUUUAAUGCGUACGUAUGACAAUACCCUCGACUUAACUUCCUGCAGUGACGUUAUCUUUCUAUAUUCUAGCAUUGAAGUGUACAAACCACUUAGUAAGUUUCUGAUAUAAUACCCUGGGUAGCUGGGGGUAAUGGUGUUGCUUUGCGGGCACUGUUCAUGCAGAAAGUCCCCUGUCCAGCGGGAGGUUGGAGAAAAGAAUAUGCCUGUCUUUAGGUGGAGAUAGCAGGGAGUUAGCUGAUGUAGUGAACUGUCUUCCUGUGAGGUUACGUCAGAGGCAUGAUACUGCUGCACACUUUAGACAUCAGCAGAUAGAGGAUAAAGUUCCUGUGCCGGUGACUCUUAAAAUGACAAUGUGCAAUAUUGACUCUUUUUUUUUUUUAAUGCAGAAAGAAAGCUGCAGAUCGUGAUUAAGAGCAGGCAUCUGGAAUUUUCUGGUUUGCAUGAUGGUUUAUGAGUCUGCUCUAGAAAAUAUAUAUAGCUAUAUAUAAAUAGCAGCACUUUUCAAUGAUUGUAUUAGGUUGGCCAAUUUUAUACCCACUGAGUGUGUGGACCUGACAGCAACAUUGCAGACUAGGAUGAGAAUUAAAAAAUAAUUAAUGAGCACUAAAGACUUGCAAUUAAAGACUUGCAAUUUAAUUGCUUCCCCUUCCUUGUCCCCUAUGGAGAAAAGCCAAGUUUAUUUGUUUAAAAGUUGUGUGUGUGCACACAUGCACUUAAUUUUUUGUAGACUGUAUCACUUUGAGUAUAGGUAUGCAAGAGAACCAAAUGCUAAUGUAGCUUUGUCAAUUUUGCUUGGCCUAGUGUCAUGCUCUUCUCCAAACAGUUUCGUAAGAUUGCACUGCCGUAGGUGCUGGGUGAGAUAGAUACACAUUCACCUUUUCUUUGGGAAUACCUUCUUCAGAGAAAAUUAGUAUGAAAAUGCAGCCUGUAUGUGUUGUUUUCAAUCUGGUAAUGUCCAACUUCCUGACAGGUAGCACUGAGAAGAUGAUUAUUUUUGCUUCUUAAGCACGUGCCUAGGAAAAUAAAAGUCCCAUAUAGGAUUAUAAUCUCAGGAGGCAGUUGGCAAAGCAAGUUGAAAGGGUAAGUGAGGUGAGGUGGGAGAGGAGAUGCUUGCUCACCUUUUCUCCAUUGUAACUUUCAGAUUACUUAAGGUAGUACUGUCUUGUGUAGUGUAUGCUGUCUCAUUAAACACACAUUUCCGAACCAGUAUAGAACUGCCAGCUUUUUUGAAUUGGCACGUUUCUGACAGAGCACAGUGUUGCUGUGACUUCCUUGGAGCUUGGUUACAUGAAUCGCUGGUACGCUACCAGCUCACUUCUGGAGUAUUUUGCAGCUUGUUGCAGCUUGUUUUUAAUAGUGUAGGGAAGGUGGGGGUUAAUACAGACUCUCUUUUAGUUACCGUAUUAGCUAUUUGUAGUAAGGGUAUAAUACCAUGUUGGUUUAAAAAAAUUAAUAGCGCAGCAUUACCAAAACAUUUCAUUACAUUAAAGUUCAUGUUGCUGAAGUAGCCAUGGUAUUCUUGAAUGCUUGAUAGUUUUUGCAUUGCGAUGGUUAAUUCAUAGAUGAUAGUAGAAUUAGAGGGGAUGAGCAUGGAAGCCGAACAUCUGUCUUGCUUCUGGAAGUCUCUUUUCCCUGUCACUGCUGCUUUGUAACAGUAUUGCAGAGUUGAAAAGCUUGUGCUGCUGCUGUUGUCUGUGCCAUGUCUGGCUUUUUUGAGGACCUGAACUGCAGCAUGCUGCUAGCAACACGUGCUGCUAGCAAAGGCAGUCCAUGGAAAGAAGAAAUGUGUUAAUAAUUCCCUGUGGUUAUAGAACCAUACUUGUUUUGCCUCUGCCUGUUUUCAGAGAAUGUAAUCCUAGUGAAGAGGAUGAUGGGAGGAAAGUGUUUUCCUUAGAAGUAGCUUAAGUCCAGAUCCUUGUUUCAGAAGACUGGUCUUCAGCAGUGUCUGCUGAAUGUUAUUCCUAUGCACUGUCUUUGGCACACUGAAGUUGCAUUUUGCAAUAGAUCAGGAAGUAAUGAAAUUCCUUGAAUUUGAGAAUUCAUCCUAUUUACUUAAUGUCCAAAGGCUUCAGUAUCCAUGCAGUUGUUGGCAUAAUGGAGUGUGCAUUAUAUUAUGAAAGGCUUUGGCUAUUCAGUGGUUUGUCUAGGAUAACUUCACCUUUUGAUAUGCUUUCAACCUCAGAUAUCUAGCAAAUAGAUUGUUUUUGUUUCUUAUAGUGUUCAUUUUAGCCCCGUGAAGGCUGCUUAUGUGUGUAUCUUCCUUUACACAGCUUUUAAUAAUGCAGUCGUUGUUUAACGUAGGAAGACUCCCUCAUGAUUUCAACCUUCAUGCAAGAACUUCUGCAAAUUGAGAUCGGAUAAAAGAACCAGACUAUCACAUUGAUACAAUUUCUCAGGUGAACUGAAAUGCAGAGUUCUGAUCCACUUCUGUAGCAUUUUUCUAGUGCUGCGUUCAGAAGCCUACAGUUCUGACAGUCUACUGGCUAUCCAUGUUUUAUUCAUAUACCUUUUUAGUUACUUUUUUGCUACUGUUUUAUAGCAUUUUUUGUAUGUACUCAUGUUUUACUAUACAAUUUAACCUCUUCCUUUUUUAAUGCAUACUUGUUUACAAGACACAUCUCAGUGUUGUAUCAAGAGGCUAUCUUGGUAUUGUCAGCUAUGAAAUAAACUACAUCAGUAGUUAAGGAACAUUGUCAAAGUUGACAGAUAUUUUAAAACUUGAUGUUUGGGUUUUGGGUGUCCACAAGAAUUCUGUUCUGUUUUGUUCCUUAGUUCUCCUGUGUAAGAAAUGUACAUACCUUCUGGCCUCUAAGGUCUUCGGUAUGGAUAGUUUAUUUUGUCUUAAUAAUUAUGGAGCAUGGUAUUGCAAACAAACAGCCUGAGCCCCACAGGAUCUUGUACUCAGCAGACAAGUUGAUAAUCCAUUAGAAUUGCAGUCACGUCAUUUACAAGCUGAAUUGGGACGCUUUAACGAGGUAUAGUAUGUCUUGCCUAAACAGGGAUUUUUAUGGUUUGAUUGAAUUUAAUUAAACAGUAAGUGGCAAUGGCUGCUCUUUAGUCUGAACAGUAUUAGCAAAUCUGCUUAAUGUAGAAGCCCUUGGCUAUUGCCAUCAAAUUGAGUGGUGAUUAAUAUGUGAAAUGCUAAAGUCGAUCUGUUGAAAUUGGAGGCUGUCAGAUGAAGAUUAAAAGAUAAAAUGCAAUGACAAUUGUUUUUAUGCAGCUCUUCAGGGCUAUUUAUUACUGCAAAAGGCGUUUUUCUUGAAUUGAAAUCUGUGGACAUUGCAUUCCACUUAGUGCGAGCUAGUAGUUGCAGACUCCACAGGAGCCCUUUAUAAAAGCUGAUUCUGGACAGAGAAAAGUUUUAGAAACUAGAACCAAACCCUUUCUCUGUAGCCUGCUCUUAGUCAUAAGGCUGUAACACUGGAACUGCAGAGCCACAGUAAUGGCAGUGCUGCCGCAUUUCUGCAAUCUCUGUUGAGCAUCGUUAACACACCAGUUUAAAUUUCCUGACUGUCUUGGUGCCAUCUAAAGCAGAAAGAUUAAACUUUGUCUUUGGGUGUCUAGUGGAGCCUGAACUUAGAAAUACUAUUUUUGCCUUUGUACAAAGAACAAAUAAAUAAGGGAGACUAUGUUUGCAGCAGAACGUUGAUCCUUUUUGGAGGACGCAGCUUUGCUGACCAUGACCGUGCUUUUUAAAAAAAAUAUGACUUGCAAGGUAAGAAAGCUGGGCAGGGCCCAAUGUUUUGUCUUGAAUGUAUAUGCUAAUGUAUUUCCCUUUUGGGGUAGCAAGAUGUCAGCUUCAUAUAUAUUAUUCUACAAAAAAAACAGUAAACUGACUAGAUUUGAUUUUUAUUUACCCUCCCUCUCCAAAGAAUGUUGUAGAAGAUUUUGACGGUGGAGCUAUUCCCGACAGCUGAUAAAAAGCAAACUCUGACAGCUGAAAACUUUGGGUUUUUUUAUAUGCAUUGUUUAACUGAGCCUGGAAUAGCUCUCUUCAUGUGGACAUACAUGCAUAUGCACCCCUGCUUGGGAGGCUGUGUGUUCAUUACGUAUCCUAGCUUCCAGACUUGUACAAAUCGCGCUUCAGUGUAUACUGAAAGUAAAUACUGCACUAUGCAGUUGCCACUUUUAAAUGUUUUGCACAUGCUGUUGUGGGGUUUUUGGGGAAAGGGUGGGGUGGGGUGUAGUAUUCAAAUCCAUUAUACCACAGUGUGGACUAAUUAUUUGCCAAAGGUUAUUUUUAAAUGCAUCUUUGACAUUGUUAUAUGCCACAUCUUUCAAAAAGUGUCUUAAAUUUAUCUCUGAAUAGUUUUAUGUUCAUGGAACAAAAAUUUGGACUCUCCCCUCCCCCCCCCCAAAAAAAACAUGUGCUUCUCCAUUGAGACCAUGCGUUGCAGAAGGUUUUCAUCUCAAAGUCUUUUCUUUUUUGUUUUGUUUUGUAACACGGUAAUUAUGAACCUUUGGGAAACAGGGGUCUUGUAAUGGAGACACAGAAUGAACCGGGAGCAGCGCAGAUAAGGAGAGUAGAGGGGAGAAAAGGUGGGAGCGCAUCGUGUUUGGAGCCCGUUUUGGUCCUUGAGCAGUACCUGCAGUAGUGCUGUACUAAUAACUGGAAACGCUUAUUUUUUGUUCGUUUGUUUGUUUGUUCUUCUUUGAACACAGGAAGGCUUUGUGGAUGGCCUCUGCAUGGUUCCUAGUGUGCUGUGUGCUAGGGGGGUUACAAUACCUGGGUUUGCUCUAGGCUCCUUGAGAUGUGUUGUGUUUUUUUUGGCUAGCAUGUCUUAAAUCUUCAGGCUUUGAAACUGCUUUAUAGAAUUGUGUUGACUUUUUGUUCUGCUGUUGUUCAGUUGCACAGAGUUUUAUAUAUAUGAUGUACUAGUUUUAAUGUUAAUUCUCUGUGAACAGGGUUGAGAUUAUUCAUUGUAGUUUAAAAAAAAAAAAGUUGUAUUCUGAAACUCCCUUUUAAAAUCUUGUUUGUAUUCUGUUGCAGUGUUACCAGAUGGCCUUAUGUACGUCACAGUGUUUUGUGAUAAGUACAGUAGCACAUUUAAUGCUUAUCUCCCUCCCCCCCUCUGUUUUUAUAGCUGAGAAGUAUAUUCUUAAUAACAGAGAUGAAUAAAUGGACAAACUCUAGUGACAUGUACAGUAAGGAUAUGAGUAUUGGUUGUUCUCCUCUAAUGUAUAUUAGGACAGCUGGAAUUAAUCUGAGACUGAAACAGCUCUGAACGGGGAUAGUUAACCAGCAAGAGACUUUGUCUUGGGAAAUCUGAGAAUCUUUUUUCCUGGUGGCAGGUUUGCAUCGCGUCCCAGAGGCUUGUAAAUCAGAGUAGAUCUGUUGACUUCACAGGAAGGGAUCUGAUUUAACCAGCUGAGAAUCUGUUCCUUGCAGCUUUCUGUCUAACGGCUGAGACUAGACUUAGGGGAGGGAAGUUUAACUUAAAUUUUAGAGAACUUACUUAAGGAACCUAAUCAGCUAUGAUAAUAUGUGGCAGUUGUUGUUCUGUUUAUUUUUAAAGUGCAUGUCUGUUUUGGAAAGUGACUUUCUGAUGCUUUUAGUGUUACUCCUCAAUUGAAUUUUUAAGUUAAGCUGGGUUCUUUGAAAAUCAGCAAAUGAUGUCUGCAGACCUUUUUUUUUCUUUCUUUCUUUUUUUAAUACUACAGCAGCUCUGACAUCUUUAUUUAGGGUAAACUGAGGAGACAAUCAUGUCAGUUAACUUACUCUUUAACUCUGAAAGAGAGUCCAUUUUACUUUCCUGUAAGUAGAACUAUCAGUAAAAUUACAUUGAAGUCAGCAGAUAACAUUUUCUAUUACUCUUUCCAGAACAGAACUGCAUUUAAUAUAUACUACCAAGUCAAGAGAUGAAGUAAAUUUCUGUUAUGGUGUAGUGAAUGUCUGCUAACUUCCUACACUGGAGAUUUAUUCUAGACAUGGUCUUUUAGAGACAACUGUAAUCUCACACCGCUUCGGUGCUCUGGUUAUGGUUGGGUAAACCUGCCUGGGAUAGAGUAGCUUCUCAGUCUAACAUCUUUUUUGAAAAGCAUACCUUAUAAUACAGAGUAUCUUAAUGCCAUUGUGUUAAAAAAAUGCUGGUAUGUAAUGCAAGUACAUAAAUAGCCAAAGUUUUCAGUAAUUGUUUGGUGUUACUAAAUUUGCUUUUAUUUAACCUUCCAAGAUAACAUAUUAGGAAGACCUUCAGCAUGUUGAUAGCAUAUUGAAAAAAAAGUAAGAUCAGCUUUACUAUAGCAAAUAUGCAGUUAUUUGAAUGCAUUUCAGGUGUGGCAACAAUUUGGAGGGCAAAGUUCUAAGAUACAAAGCUUACUUUGGAGGAGGUGCACUGUAAUGACACUUCAGAGUAUCAAAUGCUGCUUUUAAAGAGUGGCAUAUUGGCAGUUGUUAUUUAAACAUAAUGAAGGUCUUUCCUGAGAAAUCAGGUGACUUUUCUAUUGCUUCAAUUUUUUGUGCAAAAAAAAAAAAAUCAAUGUAUUGCAAUCUUUUUUAAAAAUGGGGUGGGAAUAGUUAAAGAAAACUAUUUUAUGUAAGAACUGACAGAGGGAUUUGCUUUGUAUAAUGCAAGCUGGCUUUAAAAAAGCAUUGUAGCAAAUUAUUCAAGUCAAUCAUAUGUUAAUAGUUAUGUGCAACCAGACAUGCAAAACAAUUGUAUUUUUUUAAAUAAAUAUUUUUAACAAAGUUA